CUGAUUUUUGGUGUUUGUUAGUUUCAUUUUUUCUCCUGACACAUUAAAAAUACAGAUUCAUGACAGUGUAUCUAGACCCUUCUGGCUUCUGCUAUCAUCCACCGCUUCAUUUCGUUUUCUCUCUCCUAAAGUUGGUAUUUUUAUCAGAGAUAAUUUCAGCAUUUUGAUCAUAGAUGACUCAUUCGGAAUUUCUGCUCUCGUAGUCUAGUUCUUAAAAAGUUCUCAACUACUUAGUCUGUAGGAGAAGUAAUCCAUGGAUAGUGACAACACUAGUAUUGGGAGAUUUGAGAUGGGGACUAGAGAAGCCAUUAAAAGGGAAGUUAAGGAGGAACCUGUUGAUGGGGAAAAUUAUCAACCAGAACAAGAACAACAGCAAGACGAAGACGAACCCACUUCAGAUGCUAAAGAUCAAAUUACCAUCCAUGAUUACUUCUUCUCAGGAGGAAAACAGAUGCUUCCCUCUGCAAUCCCAAAUGGUCCGCGGAGGUCUAGGAGUAAACAUCAGAAUUUCGAGAUUGUCAAGGAGCAUUCUGAAGUUAGAUCCUCUGUUAUGGAUAAAGCAGAAGAGAUUCAAGCAAAUCUUGAUCCUCAGUACCCCAGCUUUGUAAAGAUUAUGCUACAUUCACAUGUAACCCGGGGUUUUUGGCUGGGUCUUCCAGUAGCUUUCUGCAAAAUGCAUAUGCCGAAGCAUAAUGGAAUAUGUAUUUUGGUGGAUGAAGAUGGUGAAGAAUUCAAGACAAGAUUCCUUGCAGCUAAAAUGGGAAUUAGUGGGGGCUGGACAAGUUUUGCUACUGCACACAAAUUGCUUGAGGGCGACGCAGUUGUUUUCCAUUUGAUUAAGACUCACAAAUUCGAGGUUCACAUAGUUAGAGGAACUACGAACGGAAGAGAAUCUGGAGAAGUUAGGAAAGAGAUGGACACAAGGGCAACUUCAUUUGUUGAUUUUGAAAACUUCAACAUAGUUGUCAACAAUGAAGUGUUGGACAUACAGAUGUCUACUAGUAUAAAGCGCAAGUACUAUGAGCUUUGUCGCGCUCAAAAUCAUACCUGCAUGCUGGUUUCCUUAAGACCAUUAAAAGUUCAUCAGCUGCUGAAAUCAUCUCCGAUAUAGUUAAAAUUGCUGACGCAAUCAGAUCUAGCAACAUUUCCACUCCCACUAGCCAUUUUGCAGAUUGGGAGAAGACCUUAGCAGCAUUUGACUUACUGGGAAUUGAAGUUGGAUUCUUACGUGCUCGUGUGAGCAAACUUGCUUAUCUUGCAGCGCAGUUUGGAGAGAGAAGAUGUGCAAAGUUUUACAAGAAAGCCAAGCUUGACCAAGAUCUAGCAGAGGAGGAGAUCAGGAUUCUUGAAGCGAAACUCGAGGAAGCACAACAGAGAAAGGCGAGAUACAAUGUUGAUAUACUGCUUUUAAACAAGUACGUUCAAAAGGAUGAGCUGACAUUCCGGGAAGAAGCUAAUUCUCCCUGGUGAAGAAGAAAGCACAGCACUAGUAAAAUACAUGUAUUCCAUGCGCACUUAGGUAAAGUAUAUUGUCCAUCAAACAACUGAUCAUAGGGGUUGGAGCAGAUUUUGAGUUGGUAUUGAUACCGAGAUUGUCAUCAUUGUAAGAUUUCUUUUGCUACAAAGAAUCUUUGGAGGUUAUUCUCUUCAAAAUAUGCUGCUGAAUAUUAACUUUUUCGUGUAUUUUUAUCAUGAGAUGGAACUGUAGGCAUAUUGAUCUUUUGAACAUCAGCUUUAUUGCUAACUGAGAGAUAACGCCAUGAGUUUUGCAAGU